GUGAAAAGAGUGUCAGACAGAGUAAUGAUUAUGAAGAUGGAAAUUGGAGGUGUGAUGAUGAAUGUUGUUAUUGGGUGUGCAAUGGGUGAGAAAGAAGAUUUUUGUAGUGAGUUGGAUGAAGUGAUGAACAGUGUAACCAAGGGACAGAAAGUGGUGAUUGGAGCAGAUUUCAAUGGGCAUGUUGGUGAAGGGAACAGUGGAGACGAGGAGGUGAUGGGUAGGUAUGGUGUCAAGGAGAGGAAUGAAGAAGAUCAGAGGAUAGUGGAUUUUGCCAAAAGAAUGGACAUGGCUGUGGUGAAUAUGUAUUUUAAGAAGAGGGAGGAACAUAGGGUGACAUACAAGAGUGGAGGAAGAUGCACACAGGUAGAUUAUAUCCUAUGCAGAAGAGUCAAUCUGAAGAAGAUUGAAGACUGCAAAGUGGUAGCAGGGGAAAGUGUAGUUAAGCAGCAUAGGAUGGUGGUCUGUAGGAUGACGUUGGAGAUCAAGAAGAGGAAGAGAGUGAGGGCAGAGCCAAGGAUCAAAUGGUGGAAGUUGAAAAAGGAUGACUGCAAGGUUGAGUUUAGGGAGGAGAUGAAGCAGGCACUGGGUGGCAGUGAAGAGUUACCAGACAUCUGGGAAACUACAGCAGAUGUAGUAAGGGUGACAGCAAGAAGGGUGCUUGGCGUGACAUCUGGAAAGAGGAAGGAGGAAAAGGAAACCUGGUGGUGGAAUUAGGAAAUACAGGAGAGUAUACAGAGGAAGAGGAUGGCAAAGAAGAAGUGGGAUAGUCAGAGAGAUGCAGAAAGUAGACAAGAGUACAAGGAGAUAAAGUACAAGGUGAAGAGAGAGGUGGCAAAGGCUAAAGAAAAGGCAUAUGAUGAGUUGUAUGAGAGGCUGGACACUAAGGAUAGAGAAAAGGACCUGUACCAAUUCGCUAGACAGAGGGACCGAGCUGGGAAAGAUGUGCAGCA